AUGCCGUCGCUCGCUCCUCUCUUGCUCGCAUUUCUCGCCAGUCGUGUCUACGCCGAUGGAACUGAACAAAGCGAGGCCGCCCUUGGACCGACCCAGGCUUGUGCGCCAUACAGCUACGCGCCAGUCACCGCCGCUAUGACCGCCUCUAAAUUCCCUCCCAUAUGGCAACCAGUCGCCGGAAUUCUUUCUGGAGAUACCGCUGCGACAUCGUUAUUCUCGUCUUUCAGCUCCAGCAUCCCCAACAUCGCUCCAAAAGGCACCCUCGGUGUACCCGACCCGAACGCCCAGUCAAAAUACCCCGCCACAGACCCCGAUUGUUGGUGGACUGCCUCUACAUGCACGACGCCAAAGGCAUCUGGAGUGAACCCCGAUGUCGCUGCUGUACCCGAGCCCCAAACACUAGGGUAUGGAUUUGACGACGGACCAAAUUGCUCGCACAAUGCGUUUUACGACUAUCUCACUCAGAAGAACCAGAAAGCUACCCUCUUCUACAUCGGCUCGAACGUUAUGGAUUGGCCUUUGCAAGCACAACGAGCCGUUGCUGAUAACCAUGAGAUCUGCGUUCAUUCAUGGUCCCACCGUUCAAUGACAGCAUUCACCAAUGAGCAAGCCUUUGCCGAGCUGUACUAUACUCUGCAGGCUAUCAAGCUUGUCACUGGUUACACUCCCACUUGCUGGCGCCCUCCUCUCGGUGACGUUGAUGACCGCAUCCGGUUUAUUGCACAGAAGAUCGGGCUUUACAAUGUGCUUUGGAAGUACAACAGUAAUGACUGGGAAGUCUCAUCUGGCGCUGCAACCCCCGCUCAGGUCCAGGCAAACUACGAUACGUUGAUGAAUGACGCCAAAUCGGGAAAAUUUAGCACCAGCGGCGCGAUCAUCUUGACCCAUGAGCUCAAUAACUACACCAUGCAGACGGCAAUCGACAACUACCCGAAUUUGGCUGCUGCUUUCAAGUACAUCGUUCCUGUUGGAGUUGCGCUGAACAAGACGCAGCCGUAUGUGGAAUCCAACUACACUCAGAAGUCAUUUGCCCAAUACACUGGCACACAGCCUCCUACUGGUGGUUCGAGCGGCAGUAACUCUCCAGGUGGAAGCAGCGGCGCUGCACAUCCUUCGUCGUCUGGUGGACCAAGUUCAAAUUCAAGUAGUAAAACGAACACGGGCCAAGCAGCUGGUUCUUCGGUGGCUGUUUCUGUCUCCCCGCACUUUGCCGCGCUGAUGAGUGCGCUAUUCGGACUGGCUGGUGUGUUGACUUCGAUACUAUGA